AUGUUUUGCAUCGCCAAAAAUGGCCAUAUUUCUUUUUGUUUCUUCCUUAUACUAGAACCUCCUAAGGAGCCUGGUCGUCCCGGAGUCAUUGAGGCCAGCGCCAAAGAGGUCAUUGUGGCAUGGGCCUCUGGCAACAAUGACUGCUGUGAGGACUUGAUGUAUAAGGUGGACGUGAAGCAUCCCGACGAAAAGCCCGCGACCUCGUGGAGGACAGUUGGAUUUACCGCCGACUGCAGAUUCCUCAUCCCUAAAAUGCUCCCGCACACGAAUUAUCGAGUCAGGGUCUCAGUCAGAAAUGCAGUAGGCUGGAGUGGUUACAGUAUAGCCUCAUCCGAAUUCAAAACAGCUUCCGAUCCCACUGCAAAAUGUAGCAGUAUAAGCGAGGAUGAGACGGCGUGGAUGCUGUGCUGGCGUCAAUCCACUCACCCCUUCGGACUGAGUGACCAUCCGGAAGCUCUUCUUAAUCGACCACUGACGGCCUCCUCCGCACGUAUUUUCGAAACUCCACCUGCGCCCAACGCCCUGCUGGAACUACAGCAAUUUCAUGGUCUUUUUGCAAGCAUUGAAUCCGUUAAUGCCCUGUGCAGCCUAGAGGGCUUGAUUUCUCGGUAA